AUGGGUAAUAAUUCUCUAUACGCUCGACGCGAAAACAGCAACGCCAUUGCAAAGAGACAGAGGCUGACAUCAGUAAUGUGUAAAGUCGGCGAUGUAAAAUGCGCGCGCGCUAGCUCUACGGCGGACCGCAAGCGCCAAUCAUCCUGCAAGCUGGCUUCAUUCCCUCGUCUACGCAGUGCACCUACGAAAUCACCCCAGCCCACCCGCACACCACGGCCAUUGACCAAGGCCCGUCUCUCCUCUGCUGGUUCUGACUUUGUGCCCCCAUUUUCUGCCCAACUAAUCGCAAGCUCCGACGGAGGAGUUGACCUUGGGUCCCAACAUUCCACAAUGGAUUUCGACGCUCUGAAGGACCAGUGGAGCGAUAUCGAGGAUCGCGAUGGUAUUCGUCUGAGCUGGAACACAUUUCCAAGUACCCGGAUGGAAGCAUCCCGGCUUGUUGUGCCGAUCGGGGCCGUCUACACGCCAUUGAAAGAGAGACCGGAGGCCCCGUUGUUGCAGUAUGAACCAGUGACUUGCAAACAGCCUUGCAGAGCAGUCUUAAACCCCUACGCUAAUGUCGACAUCCGUGCACGCAUUUGGAUAUGCCCAUUUUGUCUCCAACGCAACCCCCUCCCCCCGCAUUAUAAAGACAUUGCGGAGAAUGCUGUUCCACCAGAGCUACAUCCUAUGAAUACAACCAUUGAAUACCGGCUUGCACGCCCGGCGCCCGCCCCGCCCAUUUUCCUCUUUGUUGUUGACAUAUGCCAAGAGGAAGAUAGCUUGAAGGCUGUCAAGGACUCCCUCAUCAUGAGUCUGUCUCUAUUGCCGCCUAACGCACUUGUGGGUCUGAUUACAUUUGGUACUAUGGCCCAAGUGCACGAACUCGGCUAUACGGAGUGCGCCAAGUCGUAUGUAUUCAGAGGUAGUAAGGACUAUACUGCUAAGCAAAUUCAAGAGAUGCUUGGUCUUCUUGCCCCGGGCCUCAGAGCUCCUGUUUCACAGCAGCAACCUGGCCGGCCAGUUGCUCCUCCGGUCUCUCCAGCCGCGCGGUUCCUCCUCCCCGUUCAGCAGGCGGAUUUCCAAAUCACCAAUGCUCUUGAACAACUUCCUCAGGACCCUUGGCCUGUUGCAAAUGACAGGCGUCCGUUGCGAUGUACCGGUGUGGCCCUUAGCGUAGCAAUUGGCUUGAUGGAAACUUCGUUCCAAAAUGCUGGCGGCCGUAUCAUGCUGUUCACUAGUGGGCCGCCAACACAGGGGCCAGGUCUAGUAGUUGGACCGCAACUAAGGGAACCAAUGCGCUCACAUCAUGAUAUCGACCGGGACAAUAUCAAGUACUACAAGAAGGCUGUAAAGUUCUAUGAUGGCUUAGCGAAACGUGUAGCUCACAAUGGACACAUCGUGGAUAUCUUUAUUGGAUCUCUGGACCAAGUUGGACUAUUAGAAAUGAAAAGCUUGGUAAACUCGACAGGUGGGCAUAUGGUUUUAACGGAUGCCUUUACAUCUACUCAGUUCAAGCAGUCUUUGGUGAGAGUUUUUGAGAAAGACGCGAAUGAUAACCUUCAAAUGGGCUUCAAUGCUGCUUUGGAGGUACUGACCACAAAGGAGCUCAAGGUUACAGGCCUCAUCGGGCACGCCGUAUCAUUAAACAAGAAAUCAAGCUCUGUUGGAGAAACUGAAUGUGGAAUUGGCAAUACAUGCUCUUGGAAGAUGUGCGGCAUCAACCCCUCAUCUUCUUACGGGAUCUACUUCGAGAUUGCAAACCAAGGAGGCCCAGCGGCUAUGCAGCAAGGAGGACACAAAGCUUUGAUGCAAUUCCUUACAUACUAUCAACAUUCUUCGGGGCAAUUCCAUCUCAGAGUGACAACUGUUGCCAGGCCCCUGAGUGGUCCAGCAGGCGACUCAUCCCUGGCUCAAUCCUUUGAUCAGGAAGCCGCUGCCGUUUUGAUGGCCCGUAUCGCUGUAUUCAAAGCAGAUGUCGAUGAUGGACCGGACGUCUUGAGAUGGGUCGACCGCAUGCUGAUCAGACUUUGCUCACGCUUCGCAGAUUAUCGGAAGGAUGAUCCUUCGUCUUUCCGACUGGAGAAGAACUUUACACUUUACCCUCAGUUCAUGUUCCAUCUUCGACGGAGUCAGUUCUUGCAAGUUUUCAAUAACUCCCCAGACGAGACUACAUUCUACCGACAUGUUCUCAAUCACGAAUACGUUGGAAAUUCCCUUAUUAUGAUUCAACCUACCCUAGACUCAUAUUCUCUCGACCAUGAAGGCGCUCAACCAGUACUUCUCGACUCAAGUUCUAUACAACCAACUCAUAUUCUCCUUCUUGACACGUUUUUCCAUAUUUUAAUUUUCAACGGAGAGACAAUGGCUGCGUGGAGAAAGGCCGACUAUCAAAAUCAGGAAGGAUAUGAGAACUUUAAGGCCAUUCUAGAACAGCCGAAGGAGGAUGCCAGGGAUCUUCUUCAGGAUCGAUUCCCUUUGCCACGCUUUAUCAUCUGCGAUGCAGGAGGCUCUCAAGCUCGUUUCCUUCUUUCCAAACUCAACCCAUCUACUACUCAUUCUAGCGGCGGCUAUGGCGGCGGUCAAUCUGCUCAAACUAUCUUUACCGAUGAUGUUUCCCUUCACACCUUCAUGGAGCAUUUGAUGAAGCUGGCGGUAUCAGGUACCAACUAA